CUGGUUGUGCAUCCAAUACAAGACGACCACUUGAUGUUCGCGUUGUGUCGCGAUUUGCGGAUCAGAAUGUGGUCCAUCAAACGCCAGGAUUGCCUACUGUCCCAAUCAUUACUACAGCAAACCCACACCACACAGAAGCUAUAUUCUAAUAUGAAUGUUCGACGGCCCGUCAUAUUAAAGAAAUGGAUUUCGAGAGACAAUUCGACACUAUAUUUGGCGGCAUUUAUUGCUGGCGGAGAACAGCGACAAUUCACUCUAUUUCAACCCAUACUUGAGAGCAAUCACUACUCGUUGAGGCCCUUAGCCGUCGUCAAUGCACCCGAAGCUGAUUUGAUUGACUUUUGCAUCGCCAACGACCAGAUU